CAGAGUCAAGAUGGUCAGUUCUUGGUGGACAGCAGAAGCGAGUAGCUACUGACCCGAACUUGCAAAUAAUUUUUAAUACAUAAUUUUUUCAUAUUUUUGUUAGCAACAUGGUUUGCUUAUGUAUUUGUCUCCCUGGUGGAACUACAAUAACUACAAAACUAGGAGUCAAAAAUAUUGAGGAUUUGCGUCCUCUUGAUAAAGUUUUGACUUUGCAUAACUCAAAACCAAAAUGGACAACAUUUUACACAUGGGGUCAUUAUGAGAAGGACGGAAUUGCCAAUUUUUUGGUAAUUAAAACCUGCAAUGGAAAUGAACUCUCCAUUUCCAGUGAGCAUUUGCUCUUCGUUGUUGGAGAGAAGGGCAAAGUCGCAAAAAAAGCUGGAAAUAUUUGUCCUGGUGACAAAUUGCUGCAUUUCGACGAAAAUGGUGCUUUGGAAGUACUUCCGGUCACUGAGAUUCAAACCGAACAAUUCGCUGGAAUUUUUGCCCCUUUCACAAUGACUGGACAUUUCCUUGCCAAUGGGUUUUUGGUUGCAUGUUAUGCAAAUGUGGACAAUUUUUCCCUGGCUCAUGCAGCUUUGACUCCACUUCGUGCAUGGCACAAAGCUCGAUAUCCAUCCGGCAAAAAACAACAACAGAAGGAAGGAAUUCAUGAAUAUGCUGCUCAUCUCAUGAAAAUUCGCAACCUUCUUCCAGAAAAACUGCAAUUCAAUUGAUGUAUUUUAAAGAUUACAUUUCUUCGAUACAUAAUUUUUUAAUGUACAAUAUAAUAAAAUAAUUAUAAUUGAG